AUGCUUAAUACUACAAAAUUUAGAAAUGUUCGCACUUCCAAGUCGCCAUCACGUCGUAAUUAUAAGAGAAAGGAAAGUUUAAGAACUCGCGAUCUGGAUAAGAAAAGCCCGGUUAGGUCACCAGUUAGUCGAAAUAAUGGAAGAGAACAGUCACGUCCUCGUAUUUCACCAUCACGAUAUGAUAAAAAAACAAAAUCACCUAUACAUAUACGUUCACAAACUAUAUCUCGAGAUAGAAAAGUUUCUCGAUCUAGCUUGUUUCACUCAAGAAAGGACCGUAAGUCAGGAUCUUCUGAUCGAGUGAACAAUAACGGGAGAGAACUCUCAAAAUCUCGGGAAAAAUCGCGUCGUAGCUCUUCUCCCCAUCAUAGUUCUCAUAGAUCCUUGGUUCGCGGACAGGCCGACUCUUAUCGACCAAAUUACCAAAGUCAAAGAUCGAGAUACGAUUCAUAUCGACCAAAAAAAGUUGCAAAGUCAUCUGACCGACAAAAUUUAAGGACAGAAUCUCGAUCAUCUACUUUGAUUCGACCCGAAACUUCUAAUAUUGUUAAUUUUUCUCCAAUUCAUGAAAAUGCGGCAAUAGAGCGCCCACGGCCUUAUAAACCGAUAUAUGAUCCCAAAAAAGAACUUAGGGAUCGUAAAGAUGCAUUCUAUUACGAAUAUGACGAGUAUUUAAAUGGCAAUUCAAGACUUAAGACUUCACUUCUUAAUAUUACUAACGCUCGCCAAGACAUGAUUGACCACAUAAUUCAAUCUUGUCUACGUUUACAAUUACCUAUGAAUUGUAUGGCGGCAACAUUGAUAUUCUACCAAAGGUUCCAUGCAAAAUUAGAACGAGAUAAGAAAGCUUUUCCGGAAUUAUAUGCACAUCAGGUUGAGCAUGACAACGAUCUCAUGAUAGCGGCCUGUAUGCUUUUUGCUGGAAAGGUUACAAAUUGUAGAAUUGGAGUAACAAAUGCGAUCAAAGGUAGCUGGAGGCCGAGGCCAAGUGAAACGAGAUGUCCCAACGAAGAAAGUUUCGCAUUUCUUGACAGAAAGGAGUCGGUUAUUCAUUAUGAAAAUUGCUUGAUAACGGCAGUUGGCCUUGAUCUCGCAAAAGACACACCUUACGCAGUGGUAAAUAAGAUAAUUUCUCCGAUACUUGAGAAAUCUGUGGGAACAUACACUUUAGAUGCGAUUUGGAAAAAAUUCACUAGACAAACCUACGAACAAAUUCUAGAGUCUCUCCGUCGUACAAUAAUUGCUGUCACAUAUAAUGCAAGUGAAAUCGCCACAGCAGCGGCAGCUAUUGCAUCAUUUCAAGUUGGAAUACCUCUGCCAGGAGGAUUAUUCAAAGUAAUCUUUUAA